UUUGCCUUCUAUUUUUGUUGAUUCUAUUUAUUUUCUCUCUUUUUUUGAAUACGUAAACCAUUAACGCGGCUUCAAAAGCGAGAACGAGACGCUCCCUUCCGAGCUUUGCAGCUCCCAGGGCGGCUCUUACACGUGAGACCGGCCCCCGUCCUUGCCUCCCCGGCUCCCGGGCUGUGACAAGGGUUCCGGAAACAUUUUCCUGACAGUGAGCAGGAGUAACUUCAGAAUCUGCUGGAGCCCCUCCCCAGGGAGGGAAGUCGGGGGCCCGGGCCGCCCCUCAGCCCUUCGGGGAGGGCCGCCGCCUGGCUCUGAUUUCCUUUGGAGGGACAGCGUCCAGGUGCCCUGGCCAGCAGUGUGGGUGGCACGGUGGCUCUGUGCGUGGCAAGGAGGCAGCCGUGUUUGCUGAACCCUGAGCCGCAAAGCCAGGGGUGCCUGAGCCCGGAGGCCCCACUCCCUAGCACUGGACUGACGCCAGGCCCAGCCCUGCCCAGGGCGAGGCACUCGCUGGCUGCCCAGGGCUGCGGGCAGUGGCACCACCUCCAGGGAGACACUGGCUGCUGCUCGCUGGUGGCCCUGGUGGAGGACCUGGGACCUCAUUGGUGGCCGGGGGCUGUCCGCGGCAUAAAUUGGAGCUCUGGGCUCUGCUGGGACCUUCGGCUGCCCAGGGCCCUCUGGUCACUCCAGCUGGCUGAUGGAAACCCCGAGUGCGGCUGUCACCAGGGGCAGGGUCCUCUGGGCCCUCCUCCUGGCCACGCUUGGCUCCUCAGCUGGACAGCCACUUGGGGGAGAGUCCAUGUGCACUGCCCAGGCCCUGGCCAGGUACAGCAUCACCUUCACGGGCAAGUGGAGCCAGGCGUCCUUCCCCAAGCAGUACCCCCUGUUCCGCCCGCCCGCACAGUGGUCAUCCCUGCUAGGGGCAGCACACAGCUCCGACUACAGCAUGUGGAGGAAGGACCAGUACGUCAGCACCGGGCUGCGGGACUUCGCAGAGCGGGGUGAGGCCUGGGCCCUGAUGAGGGAGAUCGAGGCGGCUGGGGAGAAGCUGCAGAGCGUGCACGCGGUGUUCUCAGCCCCUGCCGUGCCCAGUGGCACCGGGCAGACGUCCGCGGAGCUCGAGGUCCACUCCAGGCACUCGCUCGUGUCCUUCGUGGUCCGCAUCAUCCCCAGCCCCGACUGGUUUGUGGGCGUCGACAGCCUGGACCUGUGUGACGGUGACCGCUGGCGGGAGCAGGUGGCUGUGGACCUCUACCCCUAUGAUGCUGGGACAGACAGCGGCUUCACCUUCUCGUCCCCCAACUUCGCCACCAUCCCACAGGACACGGUGACCGAGAUAACAGCCUCCUCCCCCAGCCACCCCGCAAACUCCUUCUACUACCCGCGGCUGAAGGCCCUGCCUCCCAUGGCCAGAGUGACCCUGGUGCGGCUCCGGCAGGGCCCCAGGGGCUUUGCCCCGCCUGCUCCGGACCUGGUGGGCAGGGGCAACGAGAUUGUGGACAGCCUGUCAGCUCCAGAAACGCCGCUGGACUGCGAAGUCUCCCUGUGGUCGUCCUGGGGGCUGUGUGGGGGCCCCUGCGGGCAGCUGGGCUCCAAGAGCAGGACUCGCUAUGUCCGCGUGCAGCCCGCCAACCAGGGGGCGCCCUGCCCGGAGCUGGAAGAGGAGGCCGAGUGCGUCCCCGACAACUGCGUCUGAGACUGGCCCACGCGGCCGGCGAGAGGUCACCGGGCUUGGGGCUGAGCAGGGAGCAGCCGGGGGUGUCCUUGCCUCUCUGAGCUCCGCUGGGGGCCGACCCUCUGCCCAGACAUGCACGCGGGGAGGGAGGACCAUCCUGUGAGCAAGCUUCUGGAGCCCGGCACGUCCACACCAGCGGGAGGGUGGCUCCUACCCAGAGACCGCUGGGCUGCGCGGCAGGAGCCCCGAACCCGCUCAGCCACAAAAUACCUCAGACCUGGUGGCCCAGAGCCCCGCCUGCGCCCCCCACCCGACCAGCGCGGGUCCCAUCCCUGCCCUUGAAUAAAGACCGUGGUCUCGGC